AUGCCGAUCGUGGCUCUUCCCCAGACCACAGUCCGCGCGAUUGGAUCUACAUCUGUCAUCUCUGAUUCCUGCUCCGUAGUCAAGGAACUGAUUGACAAUGCAUUGGAUGCCUCUGCAACAUCCCUGCAGGUCGAGCUCUCUCUGAACACACUCGACGUGAUCCAGGUUAAAGACAAUGGCCAUGGAAUUCCUACUGAGGAUCAUUCGAGCGUCUGCAAACACACCUUCACCAGCAAGAUUCAGACUGUGGAUGACUUGAAAAAUGUCGGAGGCUCGUCGUUUGGCUUCCGUGGAGAGGCCUUGGCGAGUGUGGCGGAGAUGUCGGGCGGCGUUACUGUCAGUACGCGGUCCGCUUCGGAGGUGACGGGGACAUGUCUAAAGUAUGCGAGGGAUGGAUCGCUCUCAAGCUGUACGCGCACGUCUCAUCCAGCUGGGACGACGCUGCGUGUAACUGAUUUCCUCAAGUAUAUACCUGUUCGCAGGCAGACGGCGCUCAAAGACGCGACAAAAACUUUGACCAGGAUCAAGAAGCUUCUUCAAGCUUACGCCUUUGCUCACCCUGUCUUGAGAUUCUCAAUAAAAGUGCUUAAGGCCAAGAAUGAGAACAACAACUGGACAUACGCGCCAAGUGCCGAUACAGAGAUCGUCGAUGCAGCAAUCAAAAUCGUCGGAAGGGAUGUAACAGCAUGUUGCGUUGUCAAGAAAUUUCCAUCCGAUUCAUUGGACCCAAGUGGCUAUGAGUUGCUUGCCUUCCUUCCAAAGGCAAACGCCGGUAUGCAAGCCCUCGAUCGCAAUUACGCCCGACUAAUAGUUAGAGCAGAGAUCAUCAAAGCCAACAAUCAAGGACAGUUCGUCAGCGUUGAUGGGCGUCCCCUAUCCGUGAGUCGGGGGCUUGGCUUGGAUAUCGCCAAACUCUUCAAAUCCUAUGCCCGUGCCGCUGCAUUACGAAAUGAAGCGGCAAAGUCGAUCACGGAUCCAUUCCUAUACCUUCAACUGAAGUGUCCACAAGGAAGCUACGAUGUUAACAUCGAACCUGGCAAAGAUGACGUGUUAUUUGAGGAUCGGGAGCUCCUAUUUGGUAUGCUGGAGAGUUUCUUUUGCUACCAUUACGGACCAUUGCAAACUGCUCAGAAGGCGAGCCCCAAGAAAGCACAGAAACCAUUUGCAGCCACUCAGAGGAACAGUGGUUUCGAGAUCCUCAUGUCCCGAACGCGCCCCGCGGCCCCCUCCAGCCAAACUCCAAGGCCAGAGGUCCCCGCCAGUGUUGCUCCUGCAAGCCCCCUGUCUGAACGAAUCGGUCAAUCGUCUGGGCCUUUAUCACCUGACAACUCUCGCGAUGACGCAUAUCAGAGUGCUACUGGUGAUCACACAGCCAUCACGGAAUGUCGAGGUUCGCGAUUCAUCAAUCCCUGGUCCAUUUCAAGAAUCAACGCUUCGUUUGAAACUCCACAGAGACAGCACAAUCCUCGGUCAAGCGGAUCUCGCACUCCCUUUCAGACACACCAACAUACCGACGGCCAACAGAAUGCAGCAACGAGACCCAAUUACGGGUCACCUCCCGAGAGCCCUGAAUUGAUCUCUUCCGCUCUCAGGCCUGCAUCGAUCUCUCCGAUGGUAUAUCAGCACCGACCUCUGCCAUCCGUGGGAUCAUCACCUGAGACUGCGUCUGCCGCCAACAGUGCCCAAAAAGCAGAACGGCAGCGUGACAAAGAGCGAUACGGGAAUGGCGCGCUCGAUACCUGGUUUCAGCGCACUACAGGAGCUUCGUUGACUCAAGAACUAGCAAAACCAAUGGCUGAGCAGGAUGUUCAAAUUCCCACAUUGUCCCAGCUUGCACAAGAGAGGUUUCAACCUCACCGGGCUAUAACCGGCAGUGCAGUUUCUGAUCUGGAAGCCCGUGAAGCGGAAGGCGACCCCUCCGAGGAUGCGGAGUCUCAGCUUUUUCCUGAAGAAGAUGGUGCCUUGCCCUCAGAUCAAAGUCAGGAACAAGAAGGUUCCAUGAAUAGUGGGCGAGGGUUUCCGGUGCUAGAGAAAUGGGCUGCGAGUCUUCACAAAGGCUUCAAUCCCGAUUCAAGUCUUGAUUUGGAAUGGGCGCUCGACUUUGAAAAGCGCAAGAAAGAAGCAAACCAGAGAAGUCGUACACGCCCCGCGGGUCGCGACUGCCAAAAAAGCUCUCAAAAUACCACUUCCGUCGGUCCAUCUCCCCACAAAAACAGAUAUUUUGCUGCAAAGGCAGCAUUGGCAGCCGAUCAACCUGUGGUAGCCGAGACAGAUUCGGCAUUAUCACUCUCUGCAAAUGAUCCAAGAGCCUAUAUGAUGCGUUAUCAAAACCCGCCCGAGGCUGGAGAAACAGCCAAGAAUAGUGCGGCUGUACGACGGCUUCAUACGAAUCGACUGCCAUUUGAACGUACACCAGAAGAAUACAAUACCCACGACAUCUGCCUUCCAAUGUCCUCUGACCUGUCGCUCAUGUUCAAGUCAUUAAAUUUGACGUGUUCAGUCGACACAUAUACCCAGUUUGGAGAAGAAGCCGAAGUCUUUCCUGAGUCCAAUACCGAAUCCGUUCUAUCCUUCUGGAAUCAGCGUUUAAUCACGCUUGUCAACGAAAACUAUACGACUGGCGACAAUCUGACAUGUCCUGAAUGGCAAGUUGAUCUUCCUUCUAUCAUGGAGAAGCAUUUGAACCGAUUUUCCUCGAGUUAA